AAUCAGACCAAGCAGCAGCCGCCGCUCAGUGCAACUCUAAGCCAAGUGGACAUCUACCUGUUGCCCCUGGUGUGACGCUGUAUAAGAAGAAACCAGCUGCACAUAUCCUUCUCACUGUCCAAGAUCAGAGAAUUCUUCUGCCUGAAUUGCAGCUUCUAGCUGCCGCAGCGAAUCUAUCAGUCUUUGGGAUUCAGUGAGCUUUCUUUCAUCCAUGAGAAUCAUGCAUAUGACUCGGAGACCCAAGCUGCCUCCCGUAUGGCACAAGAAAAUUGAGCUUAAAGUACCACUGUGCUGUGAGUAUUGCGAAGAAAAUGUCAGAGGCGAGCUCACCAUAUUGGAAGGCGUGAAAGAAAUCAUGUUUGAUACAAGCACCCAAAAGGUAGUCGUCAUCGGUCACUUGGAUGUGCAAUUAGAACCUUCUAUGGUUUUGAAUGCGGUGAAGAAGGUUAAAAACCGAGCAGAGCUAUGGAAACCAAGCAAAAAUUCGUGAUGCGAAGCUGUUGUGCGACUGUACACGUUGUUACCUUUUUGGUGUUUCUUCAGAUUAGUUAGUGAGCAAAAUGAAAUCCCAAGUUCAUCAAGAUACUCGGUGUACGAACAGUGAGUAUGAUAAAUUUUUACGGAAGUGCAGACUUAGAGAUUAGACAGUUCGGGUUCAUCAGAGUCCUGGCAGAUUUCAAUUAUGAACCCAGAGUAUACGAGAUACACAUUGUACAGAGUUUAGAAUCCGUUAUUUGAGAAGAGCUUUUUGCAUUACUUGCGUGCCUCUUGUCACGAAGAGAUACGUCCAUAUCCAUAAGGUGGGGCUGUCGAUGUUCUCCACCAUUCGUAAUUCCUUUUCAAUUUGAGACUCCUGGAACUCAGACCAGAACUUCCAAAUGAGUGGAAUUGUUAGCACUUUGCUGAGUCGCAAGCGGACUUUGUCGACAUUGAAUUCAGCCAGACCGAGAGUCAUGGCGUCUGUACAGCUUCUAGAUCAACUGGCAGUAUACUAGACUGAUGUAGCAUGAUAUUUUGCAAGAACGAGAAGCAUGAGACUAGUAUUUUUUUGACAAGGACUCCCAGAAUUGUGGAAUUUGG